UCACCGGGUUCUCUCUCUCCUCACCUUCUAUUCAAAGUUUGAAACACUGAAACGCACACAAGCUCUCGCUCAUUUUCUUACGUGGCUGGGCCACGGAAAAAGCCCCAUGACGUGUUCUCUCUCUUGCAGCACAAGGUUGUUCCAGACAAAUACAUGCACCGCCAUGACCUAGAAGCAUACAACUCUCUCUCUCGCACUGUAACAUGGAUUGAAUUUGUUUUUCCAGAUACUCUCUCUCUCUCACUGCGUCCCCAUUGGGAUUCCCUCUCUCUCUUUAUAUAUUUUUUUAGUAAAUUGCAUUGGCUUUCCGAAUAGAGACAAUUUGUAUCUGUUCGUCUUUUCAAUGCAAUUUGUUCGUUGAGGUUGGUUAAGGACAGGGAUAUGUUGAAGGAUCAGGUUGCUUUCCUAUUGCAAAAGUACCUUGGCAAUUAUGUCAGGGGCCUUUCAAAGGAAGAUCUUAAAAUCAGCGUUUGGAUGGGUGAUGUUGAGUUGACAAAUAUGCAGUUGAAGCCGGAAGCUCUGAAUGCCUUGAAGCUGCCUGUAAAAGUCAAGGCUGGAUUUCUUGGGUCUGUCAAGAUCAAGGUCCCAUGGAGCAGGCUUGGUCAAGAGCCCGUUUUAGUUUAUUUGGACCGCAUUUUCUUAAUUGUUGAACCUGCAACUCAAGUUGAGGGACGUACAGAGGAUGCUGUCCAAGAUGUUAAGAAAAACCGAGUGCGAGAACUGGAACUGAAGCUUUUGGAGGCCAUGCAACCGCAGAAAACAGAAGUGAAUACCUCAUGGCUUGGUUCUUUGAUCAACACCAUAAUUGGAAACUUGAAGCUUUCCAUUACCAAUAUUCACAUUAGAUAUGAGGAUCUGGAAAGCAAUCCGGGUCAUCCAUUUGCAGCGGGUGCAACUUUGGCGAAGCUUUCAGCUGUCACUGUGGAUGAUAGCGGGAAAGAAACUUUUGUUACUGGUGGUGCACUUGAUCAUAUUCAAAAGUCUGUGGAGCUUGAUCGCCUAGCCGUGUAUCUUGAUUGUGAUAUUCAUCCGUGGAAGGUUGACAAACCUUGGGAGAAUUUGCUUCCUAAUGAUUGGAGUGAAAUCUUUGAAUGUGCAAGCAGCCCUUCGACUAAUGUGCUUGCAAAAGGUCACAGUUAUAUCUUACAACCUGUGUCGGGCAAUGCGAAGUAUACCAAGCUGAGGCUUGAUGAAUCCCGGAGUCUUGAUCAACCCUUACAGAGAGCAACAGUGAAGUUGGAUGAUGUCACAUUAUGCUUAUCCAAGGAUGAAUACAGGGACAUAUUGAAGCUUGCUGAAAACUUUGCUACAUUUAAUCAACGUCUGACAUAUUCUCAUUAUCGACCAAAUGUUGGAGUGAGAUCAAAUCCCAGGUUAUGGUGGAAAUAUGCUUAUAAAGUCAUUUCUGAUCAGAUAAAAAAGGCCAGUGGGAGGCUAUAUUGGGAGCAGGUUCUGAAAUAUGCACGUUUGCGCAAGAGAUAUAUAUCACUUUAUGCAUCACUCUUGAAAUCUGAUCUCAAUCGUUUGAUAGUUGAGAAUAACAAAGACAUCGACGAACUUGAUCGUGAGCUUGAUAUAGAUGUCAUUCUUGAAUGGAGGAUGUUGGCUCACAAAUUUGUUGAACAGUCCAUGGAGUCAGGUGCUGAUCUAAAGAAACAACAGACAAAGAAAUCUUGGUGGUCUUUGGGAUGGUCUGGGCAAUCCAAUUUGGAUAGUACUGAACCUCGGAGCUUCACUGAGGAUGAUUGGGAACAAAUAAAUAAAAUUAUCGGCUACAAGGAGGGAAUGGGUUCUCAGUUGCUUCCAGCUCAGGAUAAGAGAGCACUUCAAACCUUGUUGGAAAUCCGUAUGGAAAAGAAUGCUUCAAAGCUUCUCACCGAGGAUUUGCAUUUCCUUGCUGACCUAUCUUGUGAAGGUUUAGAUUGCUCUGUAAAGCUUUUUUCAGAGGCAAAAAUUGUUGAUGUGAAAUUGGGAUCAUACAGGCUAUCUUCCCCAAAUGGCCUACUUGCUGAGAGUGCAACAGCAGAUGACUCAUUGGUCGGUGUUUUUACAUACAUGCCUUUUGAUGCUCAAGUGGAUUGGAGUUUGGUUGGGAAAGCUUCUCCGUGUUACAUGACUUAUCUGAAAGAUUCUGUAGACCAAAUUGUCAGUUUUUUUGGAAGCAGUAAUGCUAUUAGUCAGACCAUUGCUGUUGAAACUGCAGCUGCUGUUCAGAUGACAAUCGAUGGAGUCAAGCGUAGUGCUCAGCAACAAAUGAGCAGAGCAUUAAAAGACCGUGCCAGGUUCUUGUUGGAUUUGGAUAUAGCUGCACCAAAGAUAACCAUUCCAACCAACUUCUGUCCAGAUAAUAUUCGUGAAACUAAACUUCUGCUUGAUUUGGGAAGCUUCACACUCCGCACUCAGGAUGAUGGUGUUCAGGAAGCGGGGUCCCUUGAGGAACACCUGUAUUUGCAGUUCAAGCUGGGACUAAGGGAUAUCUCUGCUUUCUUGGUGGACGGUGACUUCAAUUGGAGAGAGAGUCCUUCAGAUUGGAAACAAAACCGUUACUUGCCUGUUCUUGAUAAAUGUGGGAUAAUGUUAAAACUUCAACAGAUUCGAUCAGAAAAUCCUUUAUAUCCAUCAACAAGAGUUGCUGUGAGGUUGCCUUCACUUGGUUUCCAUUUAUCACCAGCUCGUUAUCAUCGAUUAAUCCAAGUUGUAAAGAUAUUUCAGACUGACAGAGCCACAGAGGACUUAGAUUCUCUUCGCCCUUGGAAUCAAGCUGAUUUUGAGGGAUGGCUGUCUCUCCUUGCAUGGAAGGGUGUGGGGAACCGGGAAGCCGUGUGGCAGCGCAGAUAUGUCUGUCUUGUGGGACCAUUUCUCUAUGUAUUGGCGAGCCCCUCAUCCAAAUCAUACAAACAAUGUGUUAGUCUUAGAGGGAAGCAAUUAUAUAAUGUGCCUGCGGAAUCUGUUGGCAACCACGAACAUGUUCUUGCAAUUUGUGAUGCUGGGCAGUCGAAUCUAAAGGUUGUUGAAUUAGCAAAUGCAUUGGUGAUGCGGUUUGAUAGUGAUGAAUCAAAAAAAACCUGGCAAAAUCGCCUUCAAGGGGCUAUAUAUCGUACAUCGAUUCCAUCCGUUGCUAGCAUCUCAGAAAUUUCAAGCAGUACUGAAGACACACAUACUGCAAACUUUGAUGUCAAUAAAUUGGUGAAGAAUGAAAAAAUAUUCAUAACCGGUAUUCUUGAUGAGUUAUGGAUCAGAUUUAGCAGUAGCUAUCAGGGAAAAUACAGUUUUAAGAAGAUGCUGCUUGCCAAAGAAAGCCGCUUACUUGAAUUUCGCGCCACAGGUGGUCAGGUUGAGCUUUCCAUAAGAGAACACGAAAUGUUUGUUGGUGUUCGUCUGAAAGCAUUGGAAGUUGAAGAUUUAUAUGGUUUGAAGGAUGGCAGUCCUCCACGGUUUCUGGCAAAAUCCUUCAUUGAGAGCAAUGUAAAUGCCAGUACCAAUUCUUCCUUGUCAGCUGAUGCUGGCAAUGCUGGCAGGACAGGUAUCUAUGAUCAAAAUGAAAAUGAUGGUGAUGACAAAUUCUUUGAGGCUUCAGAGAACCUGGUCGAGUCAUCUGAGACUAAUACUGAGUACUUGAGUGCACAAAGAUCCUUUCCAGAUGACAUAUUCUUAAAGGAACCUCCAAGUUUUAAUCGUAUUACUGGUCUACUUCCAGAUGCUGGGCUUCAAAAUCAAAGUGAAUCAUUGGAAUCUAGUGGGAAUAUAGAUAGCUUUGUGAAAGCUCAAAUAGCUAUCUAUGAUCCAGAUUCUCCAUUGUAUAUUAAUGUAGAUAAACAGGUGACAGUCACCCUUGCAACUUUGACAUUUUUUUGCUAUCGUCCUACGAUUCUUGGGAUUCUGGACUUUGUAAAUUGCAUAAACAUGGAGGAAAAAGUAAGUGAUUCUUCCAAUAAACAUGUGGACUUUUCCACAUCAAUGGAACAUGAUUCCUCCGGGAUGGAUCUGGCUGAAAAUAUAGAAUCCACAUACCAGAGGUCAGAUUCUAUUGUUAAAGGAUUGUUAGGAAGAGGCAAAUCCAGGGUCAUCUUUUCUUUAAUUUUGAGUCUGGCUCGUGCCCGGAUCUUGUUGAAAAAUGAGAAUGGAACACGUCUUGCCACAUUAUCUCAGAAUAAUCUUCAUACUGAUAUCAAGGUCUUCCCAUCUUCAUUUAGUAUAAAAGCUGCACUUGGGAAUCUGAAAAUAAGUGAUGACAGCCUCAGCAGUAGCCAUCCUUAUUUCUGGGUCUGUGAUAUGCGGAAUCCUGGUGGAACUUCAUUUGUUGAGCUUGAGUUCAAUUCGUUCUCAGAGGAUGAUGAUGACUACAAAGGAUAUGACUAUAGUCUUUUCGGGCAACUUUCUGAAGUACGGGUCAUAUAUUUGAACCGUUUUAUUGAAGAGGUUCUUAGUUACUUUUUGGGUCUUGUUCCCAGAAACAAACAAAAUGUUGUAAAAUUGAAGGACCAGGUAACCAACUCGGAGCAGUGGUUCACUACUUCUGAAAUUGAAGGGUCUCCAGCCUUGAAGUUGGAUCUUUCUCUCAGAAAGCCUAUAAUCUUGAUGCCAAAGAGAACAGAUAGCCUAGACUGUUUGGAACUUGAUGUGGAACAUAUUACAGUGCGAAACACUUUCCAAUGGCUUUGUGGCGACAAGAAUGAAAUGAGUGCUGUCCACAUGGAAGAGAUAAAACUUCAGAUUAAGGAUAUAAACUUGGCUGUGGGUUCUGGUUCUAGUUCUGGUGAAAAUAUAAUUCAAGAGAUUCGAGGAUUUUCCAUUGUUAUUCGGAGAUCACUUCGUGACUUAUUGCAUCGAAUUCCCGGUACAGAGGUUUACAUCAAGAUGGAAGAGCUUAAAGCUGCAUUGUCAUGCCGAGAGUACCAGAUAAUAACAGAAUGUUCAGUGUCUAAUAUCUCGGAAGAACCACAUCUUCCUCCUCCAUUGGAUCAUGGUCCAGAAGAUUCUAUUGAGGUUGAAGAGGAACAUGUGGUUACUAGAGCGUCAGGCUCAGGUAGCUCUGAAUUACCAGAUAGAGGAGCAUGGAUUACCAUGAAUGUUUCAGUGUCCAUUUGUCUGGUAGAGUUGUGCCUGCAUUCUGGGUCCUCAAGAGAUUCACCUCUUGCUACUGUGCAGGUCAGCGAUGCAUGGCUUCUUUACAGAUCUUGUUCUUCUGGUGAUAAUGUUCUUAUGGCCACACUUAAGGGAUUCAGUGUUUUGGAUGAUCGUGAAGGAACAGAACCAGAAUUCAGGCUUGCAGUUGGAAAACCCAAAAGCAGUGAUUAUAUUCCCAUUGAUAAUAAGGAAAGUCUUCAGAUGGUUGAAUCAGGAAUUGAAAUUUCCAAUAGCAGGUACAGUAUGGAACCCGUUGUUACAAUGCUGAUUCUUGAUGUCAAAUUUGGGCCCUCAUCCACUAUUGUAUCGUUAUGUGUCCAAAGGCCAUUAUUGCUUGUUGCACUUGAUUUUCUGCUGGCCACAGUGGAGUUUUUUGUUCCAUCAAUCCGUGAUAUAUUGUCCAAUGAAGAGAAUGAUUCUGCUCUGGAUAUAGUUGGUGCAAUCAUUCUUGACCAACCAGUUUAUUAUCAGAGCAGUGAAGAAAUCUCACUUUCACCAAGAAGGCCCUUAAUUGUUGAUGAUGAGAGAUUUGAUCAUUUCAUAUAUGAUGGAAAAGGAGGCUGCAUAAAUUUACAAGACAGGCAGGGAGUGAACCUUGCCCGUCCUAGCAAGGAAGCAAUAGUAUAUGUGGGAAACGGAAAGAGUUUGCAGUUCAAGAAUGUCCAUAUAAAGAAUGGAGAAUUUUUGGAUUCUUGCAUUUAUCUGGGAGCUAAUAGUAGCUAUUCAGCUUUGGAGGAAGAUCAUGUCUUCUUGGGGAAGGGAAAUGUGAGGCUUCCGCAAGAUGGUUUAGAGGAAAUGACGGGAUGUAUACCUUCUUCUCCAAGCGUGGUGACUAGUAGCUCGAUCACAGAGUUUAUCGUUGAAUUGCAGGCCAUUGGUCCAGAGCUUACAUUUUACAACUCUUCAAAAGAUGUUGGAGAGUCAGUACUGCUUCCUAACAAACUUUUGCAUGCUGAGUUGGAUGCAAAUUGCAGGCUCAUGUUAAAGGGAGAUACAAUUGAUGUAAAUGCAAAUGCACUUGGAUUUACCAUAGAAAGUAAUGGAGUUCGGAUUCUAGAGCCUUUUGACGCAUCUAUAUCAUUUUCGAGGGUUUCUGGGAAGAUGAAUAUUCACCUAGUUGUCUCAGACAUAUUUAUGAAUUUCUCCUUCAGCAUAUUACAGUUAUUCAUGGGGAUUCAGGAAGACAUUAUGGCUUUUCUGAGGAUGACAUCAAGGAAGGCUACUGUCAUCUGCACUCAAUUUGAUAGAAUUGGGACAAUUCAGAGUGACAAAAGAAACCAAACUUAUGCCUUUUGGCGGCCGCGUGCUCCACCUGGCUUUGCUGUUCUUGGGGACUGCUUGACACCACUGGAUAAACCACCAUCAAAAGGAGUUCUUGCAGUAAACACCAGUUUUGCUAGAGUUAAAAGACCCAUAUCCUUUGAGCUUAUUUGGUCCUCUCCUGCAUCAGAUGAGGUCUCUAAUUCCCAAAUACUUGAGCCUGCUAAGGCUCAUGAGAAAGAAUUCGGCUGCUCUGUUUGGUUCCCUGUUGCACCAGCAGGUUAUGUCGCAUUAGGCUGUGUGGUUUCAUCUGGGAGAACUCAACCACCAUUAUCUUCUGCAUUAUGUAUCCUUCAAUGUUUAGUGUCACCUGGUUCUCUGAAGGAUUGUGUAGUGUUCAGCUUUUUGGAACAGUACUUCGCAAAUCUUGCAUUUUGGCGAGUGGAUAACUCUAUAGGUUCAUUUUUACCAGCAGAUCCUUUAAAUCUGAGAGCUAAAGGCAAACCUUAUGAACUGCGGCAUAUGAUUUUUGGCCACAUUGAGGAGUCUUCUAAACCACCUAGUAGUCCAAAGGUUGGAGAGAUUGUACAUAAAAACAAUGAAUCUCGUAUUCAGUCGCAGGGAGCAGCAACUGUGUCACCAGGCAGUUUGUUUGAGACUGUGGCGAGGUUUACUUUUAUCUGGUGGAAUAGAGGCAGUGGCUCAAGGAAGAAAAUAUCUAUAUGGCGUCCUAUUGUUUCAGAUGGUCUUGUUUAUUUUGGGGAUAUUGCCAUGAAAGGGUAUGAACCACCAAAUUCCACUGUUGUACUUCGUGAUACUGCUGAUGAAGGCGUUCUAAAGGCCCCUUUAGAUUUUCAGCAGGUAGGACAUGUCAAGAAGCAGCGAGGUGUGGAUACCAUCACAUUUUGGCUGCCUCAAGCUCCUCCAGGCUUCGUCUCUUUAGGAUGUAUUGCAUGUAAAGGUGCACCUAAAAAUGAUGACUUCGGAUCUUUAAGAUGCAUUCGUUCUGACCUCGUAACUGCUGGAGAUCAAUUUCCUGAAGAAAAUAUGUGGGAUACAAGUGAGCUUAGACAUGCUCCAGAACAAUUUAGUUUAUGGACACUUGAUAACAAGCUGGGUACGUUCUUGGUUCGAAAUGGUUUAAAAAAACCUCCAAAAAGGUUUGCCUUAAAGCUUGCAGAUCCAUAUUCAUCUUCUCAAUCAGAUGACACUAUGAUUGAUGCAGAAAUAAAAAGGAUUGCUGCUUCCCUUUUUGAUGAUUUUGGUGGGCUGAUGGUUCCAUUGUUCAAUAUCUCUUUUAGUGGCAUCACGUUUGGUUUGCAUGGAAGAUCUGACAAUCUGAAUUCAACUUUUAACUUCUCAUUGCUUUCAAGAUCAUAUAAUGAUAGAUAUGAUAGUUGGGAGCCUCUUGUGGAACCAACAGAUGGCUUUGUGAGAUAUCAGUAUGAUCAGAGGACACCAGGUGCACCCUCACAGCUAAGCUUGACAUCGACAAGAGAUCUAAAUUUGAAUCUUUCAGUGUCCAAUAUGAACAUGCUUUUGCAAGCAUAUGCAAGUUGGAAUAAUCUAAGUCAAUUCCAUGAAUCCUACAAAAAGAAGCGAUCAAUUUCCGCAGUCAUUGAUGGAAGAUCUGUCAUUGACAUCCAUCAAAAGAAAAAUUAUUACAUUGUACCACAAAACAAACUUGGUCAAGACAUAUUCCUGCGCAUUAAUGAAAAGGGAAGAUCAUAUAUUAUUAGGCUGCUAUCUGGUGGUACUGUGACUGUAAAGGUUCCAGCUGCGAAAGACAUACUAGACUCAACCUUGAGGGAUAACAUAAAUGGGCGAGCUCGGAAGAUGGUGACAGUUGUCAUCGCGGAUGGAGAGCUACCCAGUUUUGAUGGAAUAGCUUCUCAUCAAUACAUGGUUGCUGUUCGAAUCUUCCCUAAAGAAUACAUAUCAAAUGAGUCUAUGAAUCGGCAAUGUGCACGCACUUGUUGUGUUAAUUCAGAACAUAUUUUGCCUUCUGGAAAUGCCAUUGUGAGCUGGGGAGAAGUUUUUUUCUUUAAAGUUGAAUCUUUGGAUUCUUUCAUGAUAGAGUUCAUGGUCACUGAUUUGGGAAAAGGUGAACCUGUAGGAAUAUACUCAUCUUCGUUAAGGGAGAUGGUUAGCAUGUUCCAUAUGAAAUCAAACUCUUUUGAGUCCAAAAGCAAAUUUGCUUGGAUCGAUCUUGCACCAGUGCUUCAAGGGGAGAGAAAUAAGAAGUCAAAUGGGAGAUUAAGAUGUUCAUUAAUUUCACCAAGAUUUGAAGAUGGAAAUGAAAAGGAAGUGUUGUCCACUGAUACCAAGCAUCAGUCUUUUCAGAUUGCUCCUACUAAAGAUGGUCCUUGGACUACGUUGAGAUUGAAUUAUGCAGCACCAGCAGCUUGCUGGAGGCUGGGUGAUGAUUUGGUUGCCAGUGAAGUUAGUGUCAAAGAUGGUGAUAGAUAUGUCACCAUACGCUCUCUAGUUUCAAUUGUCAACAACACAGAUUAUGCAAUUGACUUGUGUCUCCAUUCAAGAGAUUCCAAUAGAAACUCUAAGUUGGUGGAUGAUGACAACCAAGACCAAGAGAAAGAAACCAUCAAUAACAGCUUCAUGGUAGAUGAGAACUUUGAAAUUGAAAAGUACGAUCCCUCUGCUGGUUGGGUUAGGAUUUGUAGGCAGGUUCCAUCCCCUCAUGGAUCUAUAGAACAGAAAGGAAAGGAAUCAUGCUCUGACUCGGUACUUUUCAAUAUGGACUUGCCAACUGGCUGGGAGUGGUUAGAUGACUGGCACGUUGAUAAAACAUCUGUAGAUGAUGCUGAUGGGUGGGUAUAUGUUGUGGAUCUUGAUCAACUAAAAUGUUCCCUCUCAUUUAAUUCUGAAAAUUCAUCAAACUCUGUGAGGCAAAGACGGUGGAUUAGGAAUAGGAAGCGCAUCUCCAGGGAUAUGACACAACCAAUAGCAGUUGGCCUUAUAAAGCCAGGACAGACAAUUCCAUUGCCUUUGUCAGGCUUGACUCAUCCUGGUUCAACUUAUGCCUUGCAAUGUAAGCCUGAGAAUGAUCCAAGUGAAUAUUCUUGGAGUUGUGUUGUAGGUGGGAAUUCUAAAGAUUCAGGUCAACAAGAAGAAGUUUCCCAAGUUUGCGUUUCCACACUCUGUGAGUCAGAAGUAUUGUUGUUUUGUCCUGCUUUGAGUGAAGGAUCUUCGAAGGACCCCCGUGGGUUGUGGUUCUGUUUGAGCAUACAUUCCUCAGAAAUUGGAAAGGAUAUAAAUUCUGAUCCCAUAAAGGACUGGAAUCUUGUGAUAAAAUCUCCGUUCUCUAUGUCUAAUUUCCUUCCAUUAUCAGCAGAAUUUUCUGUGAUGGAAAAGCAGCCUACUGGUGAGUUUGUGGCUUGCUCUAGAGGGAUAUUCUUACCAGGAGAAACUAUCAAGGUUUAUAAUGCAGACUUGAGAAAUCCUUUGUACUUUUCCCUUCUGCCCCAAGGGGGAUGGCUGCCAGUGCAUGAAGCUAUUCUCAUUUCGCAUCCGAGCAAGAAACCUUCUCAAACACUAACUUUAAGAAACUCGUUUUCUGGAAGGAUAGUCCGUGUCGUUGUUGAACAAAUCCAAGAUGGCAAACAACCCGUAGAAAGGGUUUUUAGAGUCUAUGCACCAUAUUGGAUUGACUUUGCAAGAUCUCCACCUUUAAAUUACAGGAUAUUUGAUAUAUCUGGAAGGUCAAAAGCGAGAAGAAGAGGAAUCUCUAAUCCAUUUUCGUCAAAUAAGUAUGUGGAGAAGGUCGUUGAGUAUAUUAGUUCAGAAGAAAUCUUUGAGGGGUAUACCAUUGAUUCUACAUUUAAUUUUGGGUUUAUGGGCCUUGCGGUGGCUAUUAGUUGUCCCAGUGAGGAGUGCUUUGGACCCAUUUCUGAUCUGUCCCCACUUGCUGGUUCGGAUGGCUUUGUUGAUCUUUGGGCCCGCGAUAAUGAUGGAAACAAUAUCCGACUCUUUGCUUCCACAAAACCGUGCCCUUAUCAGUCUGUUCCUACAAAGGUUUUGUGUAUACGUCCAUAUAUGACAUUCACUAAUAGAAUUGGCCAAGAUAUGUAUAUUAAGUUAGGCACCAUGGACUUCCCAAAGGUGCUUCGUGCAUCUGACUUGAGGGUUUCGUUUAUGACUCGUGCAAUGGAAGAAUCGGAAAAACUCCAGAUCCGGUUGGAAGAUACCGAAUGGAGUUUUCCUUUAGUGAUUUUAAAGGAGGAUACUGCUACUGUUGUACUAAGGAAACAUAAUGGUAAUAGGAUUUUUCUGAGAACCGUAAUUCGUGGUUAUGAGGAAGGAUCACGAUUCGUCAUUGUGUUUCGUCUGGGAUUGUCAAUAGGUCCCAUAAGGAUCGAGAACAGAAUGAGCAAGGCAAUCAACAUUCGCCAAUGCGGUUUAGGGGACAAUGCAUGGAUCCCUUUGAAACCUUUUUCUACCACAAAUUUUACUUGGGAGGAUCCUUGCGGCCAGAGGCUUCUUGAUGUUACUGUUCAGAAUGAAAGUUCUGUUAGUCGGCAUCAAUUCAGCCUCGAUAAAACUGGUGAUUAUUUAUCCACUGAUGGGAGUUUCCAAAGUAUUCAGCUCCAUGUUGUUGAAAUGGGUGAUAUGAAGAUUGCGCUUUUCAUGGAUAAUCCAAGAGCAUUGGAACUUGGUUCUCAGGAGAAAAAGGAACUCUUGGAAUCUGUAGGCCUUUGGGGUUCUCCUAUGCUAAACAAGAAGCAGGCAGAUGCAGCACCUAUAGAACUCAUGAUUGAGUUAGGAAUCCUCGGUGUUUCUAUUAUAGACGCAAAGCCAAGAGAAAAUCUCUACUUGUAUUUGGAGAGAGUCUUUGUUUCAUAUUCAACUGGCUAUGAUGGCGGAAUGACAAGCCGGUUAAAACUCAUACUGGGAUAUUUACAGAUUGAUAACCAGCUCCCCCUUGCCUUGAUGCCUGUGCUGUUGGCCCCUGAGAAUACUGUUGAUGCACAUCAUCCAGUCUUCAAAAUGACAAUUACAAUGAGCAAUGAUAACGUUGAUGGCACUCUGGUGUACCCGUAUGUGUGCUUCAGGGUAACUGAUAAAUACUGGAGUAUUAACAUCCAUGAACCAAUAAUUUGGGAACUUAUGGAUUUCUACAAGAAUCUCCGAACAGAUCGCAUUCCUGCAAACACCAGCAUCACUGAAGUUGAUCCAGAGAUUCGAGUAGACUUAAUAGAUGUUUCCGAAAUAAGGCUGAAGUUAUCCCUGGAGACCGCACCAUCUCAGAGACCACAUGGUGUCCUUGGCGUGUGGAGCCCCAUAUUAUCUGCUGUUGGCAACGCAUUCAAACUUCAGGUACAUUUGCGAAAGGUUGUACACAAAAAUCGGUUCAUGAGGAAAAGUUCUGUUCUUCCUGCCAUUGUUAACCGCAUUUGGAGAGAUCUUAUCCAUAAUCCUUUCCACUUGAUUUUUUCGGUGGAUGUACUUGGUAUGACAAGUUCAACUUUGGCUACUCUUAGUAAAGGAUUUGCGGAGCUCUCAACUGACGGACAAUUUCUGCAACUACGCUUAAAGCAGGGGCGGUCAAGGAGAAUUACUGGAGUAAGUGACGGGAUUAUUCAAGGAGCUGAAGCUUUAGCCCAAGGAGUAGCAUUUGGUGUGUCUGGAGUUGUAACGAAGCCCGUGGAGAGCGUUAGGCAGCACGGUGUCUUAGGAUUAGUCCAGGGCUUUGGAAGGGCAUUCCUGGGAUUUAUAGCUCAACCAGUCAGUGGGGCUCUGGACUUCUUUUCAUUGACAGUCGAUGGCAUUGGUGCAAGUUGUACAAGAUGCCUCGAGGCUUUUAAUAACAGAGUGACACCCCAGAGGAUCCGAAAUCCUCGGGCCAUCCGGGCAAGAGGUGUACUUGAGGAGUAUUGUGAGAGAGCAGCAGUUGGACAGAUGGUCCUUCACCUUGCUGAAGCUAGCCACCGUUUUGGUUGCACAGAGAUCUUCAAAGAACCAUCAAAGUAUGCAUGGUCUGAUUUUUAUGAGGAUCACUUCGUAGUGCCACAGCAAAGAAUUCUUCUUGUGACAAACAAACGCAUCAUGCUGUUACAGUGUUCAGAGAUGGAAAAGAUGGAUAAAAAACCUUCUAAGAUUUUAUGGGAUGUACCUUGGGAAGAGCUAUUGGCAUUGGAGUUGGCAAAAGGAGGUUAUCGGAAGCCUUCCCACUUAAUUCUUCAUCUUAAGAAUUUCAAAAGAUCAGAACCCUUUGCUCGAGUUGUCAAAUGCAAUGUUGAAGGUGAUGAAGAGGAAGGUGACAGCCAGGCAAUGAAGAUCUGUGCCCGGGUCGGCGAGAUAUGGAAAGCAUACCAGGCAGACCUAAAGAGCAUAAGUUUGAAGGUUAUUUUAAAUCAGGGACAGGUAAGUGUAGCUCGUAGUGAAGCAUAUCGUGACGUGUCAUCUUAUCAGACCCAGGCCUUGGUGAAGCCUAGGGAAUUCCACUCUGUGGCUUCUGGGUCUGAUGCCACGAGAUUUAGAGUGCACACUGUCAACUUUCAGAAGGUGUGGAGCAGUGAGCGUGAGAUGAAGGGCCAGUUUACAUUGUGUCCACAGCAGGCCAAGCAUGAUGAUGAAAUAUGCAGCAUUUGGAACCCCAUGUGUCCCGAUGGGUAUGUCUCUGUUGGAGAUAUAGCCCGUAUUGGUUGCCACCUGCCAAAUGUUGCAGCCGUGUUCCAAAACGUCGAUGGUCGGUUUGCUCUACCCAUUGGCUAUGAUUUGGUAUGGAGGAAUUGUAUAGAUGAUUACGUAUCACCAGUUUCCAUUUGGUUGCCUAGAGCCCCAGAUGGAUACGUAUCAAUUGGGUGUGUGGCUAUAGCAGGGUAUUUUGAGCCACCACAGGAAGCAGUAUAUUGUGUCCAUGCUGAGAUUGUUGAAGAGACAGUGUUUGAAGAAAUUAGGAUUUGGAGUGCACCAGGAUCGUAUCCUUGGGCAUGUUACUUAUAUCAGGUCCAAAGUGAGGCACUUCAAUUCAUAGCCUUACGCCAACCCAAAGAACAUUCUGAGUGGAAACCCAUGAGAAUUUCGAAGCGUUACACCGAAGAUUUGACUGAAGUUUGAUUGAUUAUGAAGCAGUUUUUGUGAAAUUUGUUCAAUGCAAACGAGAAUUUCAUGUGUUUCCUCCAAAUCUGGCAGCGAUUUGCAUCAGGUUCUUCCAUGUUCAGGAAUGAAGUUUUGGUGUGUUUUCUCCAAGUGUGGCAAGGGUUAAUGUACAAAUAUGAGGGGGUUAAUCUUUUGGUUGGUCACUCCAUUGAUGAGAAGAUGAUUUCAUAUAUUCUUUAUAGAAAUAAGACAUUUUUAUGCCCAUCUUCCAGGUUUUGUGGAAGCUUUCAUUCAUCUAUGAUCAUACUUUGCUGUUA